GGAGGGAAGGGGGAAAGGGUCGGAGGCUGCAUCUGGCUAACACCUCGCCUACAGUCCCCUCAUUAUAUCACAGCCAGAACUCCUCUUUUUUGGGGUCCACUAUACGCCUGGAUAUCGGGUGCCAGGAGAUGAGCCACAUGCCAGAUCUCGCUGUGAGGGCAUCCGAGAACCUUGACCUUUCCCCUUGCCUCAGGUCACGGGCUGUGGUCACCUGGGCAUGCUCAGGUGCUCUUAAUUGUUUCCGGAGCGAUCUUGACAGUCCGUGCUGACAACUGAGUCUCGCGCGUGAUCAAUAAACAAAAGCCAGGCAGGGGGUGGGGUUAGCGCAGUUCCCAUGUUCUUCAGGGAGGCUGACGUCGCGCUCCCCAGCCAAUCACCGCCCUCUCCUAGCAGUCCCGGGAAUCGAUACUCGCCGCUGAUUGGUGGAGGCGCGAACUGGCGUGUGUGGUGAUGCUGGGCGCGGGUGGAGGCCAUGUGGAUGUGGGCGGCGGGUGGCUGGAUCGCUGGUCAGUGUUUCUUGUGGACCGAGUGGAGGAGAACGUGUCCCGCCCCUGCUGGUUCUCGCACCUGCUGAGUCCUGAGUCCUGCCCGUCCGCUGCUGGUCCGUGCCCCCCUCCCUCUGCCCCCCCCCUGGUGUGGACCCGUAAAAAGUCUGUCCCGUGGUGCCGUCCGUCUGUCCACUAGUCCGCCUGUCCCCAUAAGUCCGUCACCAUGCCCAUGUUCACCAAGUUGGCACACAAGACAUCCACGGCGGCGAAGUCCGGUGGGCAGAGCGCCGCGAAGACCGCCGCCGCCGCCGCCGCCAAGAGCAAUGUCACGGGCGCCGCCGGGAAGCACUUUUUGGACAACACGCGAUGGCAGAAGCGACUACAGAAGGAGCUCAUGUCACUCCUGAAGGAACCUCCGCCCGGCGUGACUGUUGACGUGGACCAGGCGCACACCAAGCUCACAGAGUGGGUGGUGCACAUGGAAGGCGCCUCAGGAACGCUCUACGAGGGCGAAAAGUUCCAACUCCAGUUCAAAUUCUCACCCAAGUACCCCUUCGACUCCCCCGAGGUGAUCUUCGUGGGUGAGAACAUCCCUAUCCACCCCCACAUCUACUCCAACGGACACAUCUGCCUCAGCAUACUGACGGAGGACUGGUCCCCCGCCCUGUCGGUGCAAACCAUCUGCCUUUCCAUCAUCUCCAUGCUCUCGUCCUGCAAAGAAAAGAAGCGGCCUCCAGACAACAGCUACUAUGUCAAGACCUGUAGUGCCAACCCCAAGAAGACCAAAUGGUGGUAUCACGAUGACACAGUAUGAUAUGAUCUCGAAGGCUUCCCCUGACCUCACCCGCUGCUCACCCGGCCCUCGGGGUGCUGCCGCCCCAGCCACGUGGUGACUCGCAAUAAUCUUAGAGAGUGUGGACUAUCGGUGCUGAAUGUAUAAGUGUUUUGAUAAGGACUCAUUCCUUGUAUGGUGUCUGCAUUUCUCUGGAAGUGGUCUUCUUACCAGAAAGUCAUAGAUAUACUACUCGAAAUUCUGAGUCAUUCCCUGAUGACAAUACAAGGACCCACAGGCCUUACACAGUUUGUAUCUUCGCGUCACAUAACUGAUUAGAACGUAGACGUCCUUCAGACCAUCCUAGAUGUUCAAGUCCUGGCCGAGGGACUCCCAUCAGCCUGGAGCCUCUGCAGGACCUUGGCGGCCACAGCUGCCCUGGGCGCUGCCUCUCCCCGGGGCACCAGGCCCGGCCGGUGCUGCAGGCAGCGGCGGCGGCGGCGACGCGGCAGGCUGCUGCAGCCCCACACACCAACACAUGCUGCGACAUCCAAUUGGAAUUCCUCCUGUAUGGGUAUUAUCAGUAUGCAGUAUUCUAUAUUUGUAAAAGAAAGGUCCAUUGUGAUUCCAUGAAGCAGAUAUACUAUAUAGAAAGUUACUUAAAAUGUAAUGUUGCUGUUGAGGGAAGUUAAAGGAAAUAUUGGAGUACAUAGGCUAUACAUUUCUUCUUCAUUGUCCAUUGUUCAUAUUUUCACCUUUGAUUCCAAAGACUUUCUUUCUCUGUGGUGCUGCUCCUCCUGCCUCUCCGUGUCCUCCUUUGGUCUGAUGUUCUGUCUCUCCUGUUGGCCCUUCCUCCUGCUUCCUCCUCACUCACACUUCCUUUGCUCAACCUCUCAAGCUUCUGUCCUCAUCACUGCACUUGCUGAUCAUCCUCAUGUUUUGUUGUGUGUGAAAACAUGUAUUUAAGAUACUUUGUGAUAACUUACACUACACUGGAUGGCUGCCUUGUAUUCACCUGCACCAUAUUGGUGCACAUAUUGUGUUACUAUAUCUAGCAUUGGCAUAGCUUACCCUCAUGAAGAGAUCUGUUCCUCCUUCACUCAACCAAUACUCUAAGGUUUUAGUUCUGUGUUUCCUUCGCGUAGGUUUUGUUUGAUGUUCAGACUGGUCCAAUAUGAUUAAUUUCCAGUUCCUAGAUUUCUGUUUGUGUGGUUCAGGAAAUUCUGGCUUCCUAGGCAAAUCAUGACAGUGAUGUGCAUAAUUUUUGGAUGAUUUGUUUUUUUGCUUUACUUUGCUUGCUGGUGCAAAGAGGAUGGUUUAGGAACACAGUUUGAGUUGCUCCACCACUGGCUUGUGCAUCUUACGGCAUAAUCUUGCGACCUGGGUUAGUGCAUACCACACCAUUGUUCAUGACUGGUGUUAAGAAUUAUAUCAUUCCUCUCCCACACAUUACAAUAUAGACACUGGGGGUGGAUGGCAUCCCCCUCAGUGACUCAAAAUCAAAUAACCAUAGACUGUACAUACCUUACCUUACCUUACCAUACAUACCUUACAAACCUUACCUUACCUUACCUUACCUUCAUACCUUACAAACCUUACCUUACCUUCAUACCUUACAAACCUUACCUUACCUUACCUUACAAA